AUGUUUGCUCGCCGUAAUUUACGUCGUAAUCUUAUGAUUGGUAUUUGUUUACCUAUCAUUUUAUUAAGUUUAUUUGUUAUUCAUCAAAAUCGUGAUAUUGUAUUUACUGAACAGUUAUCACAUCAACAACAUUCUCAUUUCUUACAAAAUAUCGAUAAUGUACAUCCGUCUCGAUCAAAACGUUAUACAAGUCAGAGUCAACCAUUAGAUAUUCAUACUGAUAAACAAUUACAAAAUGGAAAUGCUAUGGCUAAUCUAAUGGCUUAUCAAGCUCCAAUUGUAAAUUUCUAUAAUAAUCAAAGACAUUUACAAGAAUAUAAUCCUAUUCAACCAAUUAGACAUCCUGUUAUUGAUGCAAAAAAUCUUGAACGUUUUGUUCAUUUAGAUUUAAAAGGUGCUGCACCAAAAAUAGAUUAUUUUACAGAUUUAUUUCCAUUUCUGAGACAACUUGGUGCUACGGGUUUAUUAAUUGAAUAUGAAGAUAUGUUUCCAUAUAGUGAUUAUUUAUCUAUAAUACGACAUGGUCUUGCU